UUUCUGGCCAUCUGAUCUUCAGUAACCAGCCAGCUUACGCAGAUGUUGAUGAAUGUCUGUAGUUUGUUGGAAAUGCCUGUCUUAACACCCCAAGUCUCUGAACCAUACACAAGCACUGACUUCACGUUGGUGUUGAAAGUCCACAUCUUGUUCUACAUGCUGAGUGCAGAAGAUCUCCCUCCACACUGGUUUCAGGUUCAUGAACGUCUGUCUUGCAUUUCCGAUCCUGCCUCGCUGGCUGGAUUUGACAUCCUCGUCUGUGCCGCCACCUGUAGUUGAAACAGUGAUGCCUAGAUAGGUGGAGGAGAUUACUUCCUUUAAGUUGUUCCCGUUGAUGGUGAUUGGAGUUUGUUGUUGUUGUUGUUGGGGUUGUUGGUUGGGUAUCUUCAUCACCUCUCUCUUCCCUACAUUCACUUAAAGUCUCGUCUUCGCUACCCUGCCUCUUCCACCAACUUGUUAGUCUUCGCCUGUACAUCUUCGAGUUUGUCUGACAAGACAUAAGACAUAAAUCGUCAUCGGCGAAAUCCAGAUCUUCUAGGUUCUGUUCCGUGGUCCAGCGUAUCCCCCUCUUCUCG